AUGAAACUCUGUGCCCUAGCGCUCUGCGCCAUAUCCCUGGGAGUGGUGGCGGCGGUCUCCUGCGAUGAUAUCUACCCGCAGUCGGCUGCCUUUUUCGGCUCGAUGGGCUGCGCCUCGGCGCUGGUGUUCGCCAACCUCGGCUCCGCCUACGGAACGGCGAAGUCGGGGGUGGGCGUCGCUCACCUGGGUAUCCUCCACGCGGAUCGCAUCAUGCGGGGUAUCGUGCCGGUCGUCAUGGCGGGUAUCCUCGGUAUCUACGGUCUGAUUGUGGCAGUUAUUAUUAAUAAUAAUAUCAAAACGGGUGACAAGGGGUAUUCCUCCUUCGCAGGAUAUCUCCAUUUCGGUGCCGGUCUUGCUGCUGGCUUGUCUUCGUUGGCUGCUGGUCUUUCUAUUGGAAUUGCCGGUGAUGCUUCGGCGCGGGCGUAUGGCAAACAGGAAAAGAUCUUUGUCGCUAUGAUUUUGAUGCUUAUUUUUGGUGAAGCGUUGGGCCUGUACGGGCUGAUUAUCGCACUUCUUAUGAAUAACACAGCAAACAAGGCAGUUGGUUACCAAUGCACAUAG